GACAGUCGGCCCAAUAUGUCAAGACCCCUGAUCACCAGAUCCCCUGCAUCGCCACUGAACAACCAAGGCAUUCCAACUCCAGCUCAGCUCACCAAGUCCAAUGCACCCGUCCACAUUGAUGUAGGUGGCCACAUGUACACCAGCAGCCUGGCCACGCUCACCAAAUACCCCGAGUCAAGAAUCGGAAGACUGUUUGAUGGUACAGAACCCAUUGUUUUGGACAGUCUAAAACAGCACUAUUUUAUUGACAGAGAUGGACAGAUGUUCAGAUAUAUCUUGAAUUUUCUACGAACAUCAAAACUCCUCAUUCCUGAUGAUUUCAAGGACUAUACUUUGUUAUAUGAAGAAGCAAAAUAUUUUCAACUUCAGCCAAUGUUGUUGGAGAUGGAACGAUGGAAACAGGACAGAGAAACUGGCCGCUUUUCGCGGCCCUGUGAGUGCCUCGUGGUGCGUGUGGCCCCAGACCUGGGAGAAAGGAUCACACUCAGUGGGGACAAGUCCUUAAUAGAAGAAGUCUUUCCGGAGAUUGGCGAUGUCAUGUGCAACUCCGUCAAUGCAGGCUGGAAUCACGACUCAACACAUGUCAUCAGGUUCCCACUAAACGGCUACUGUCACCUAAACUCAGUCCAGGUCCUCGAGCGGUUGCAGCAAAGAGGAUUUGAAAUUGUGGGUUCCUGUGGGGGAGGUGUGGACUCGUCCCAGUUCAGUGAAUAUGUCCUCCGACGGGAGCUGAGGAGGACACCCCGAGUACCCUCUGUCAUCCGGAUAAAACAGGAGCCACUGGACUAAACAGACAUAUUUCUUAUGCAAAAAGAAAACAUACACAACCAAUAACAAUAUGCGAAAAGGAACAUUUGUGUGCAGCUGGGACAGUAAACCAAGCUCUGAAGCGAAAAUUGAAUAAAAGACAUUUAUAUCCACUAGAAAUCACACCUGUAUUCAUAUGGGAACAAUUGGAAUCAUGAUAUCCUCAAGAUGUAAAAAAAAUAUAUAUAUAUAAAUAUAUAUAUGUCAAAAGGUAGGAA